UAAUACCAGAGAGCUGUCAAGAUUGAAAGCACGGUGUCUUGUUCUUACCAUAUUCUGGAGCACAUGUACGCCGCCGCCAUAACAUUUUCCACCUUCAUCCUCACGCAAUUGUUACCUGCUCCACCUACCCUGCAAUUCAAUGGCGGAAAUAGUCGGAUCUGCUGUUGCCGGAGAGGCGGUGAGAAGAUUAUCUUCGCUUCUAUCAGGAGAAGAUGGCGAUGGCGAGAGCAACGAGAUCAAAGCGGAGCGAGUAGAGAUGGCCGUGCUCAAGCUGGAAACCAUCGUCUCCAUGUGUGAAGAUUGGCAGAUCACGCAGCCCCCUUUACUCCGGUGGAAGGCGAAGCUGAAGCGCGUGAUCAGGGAAGGCAAGGCCAUCUUACGACGCGGCAACAGAAACCCACAAUCUACGCAGCGGAUCAGAACUCAGAAGCAACUCUUGACACGGCGCAUGGUUCGCGUGGCCAAGCGCUUCAUGCCCUUCAGCCGUGAAAAUGGAAUCCAAGAUGAUGAUCUGACCGAGGCCACGGUGAGAAGGUUCGAGAGGCUAGCAGACGGCGCCGAGAAUUUCUUCAAAUUCGUCAGCUGCAGCCGUCCAAAGAUGUUAACGUUCCUUCCGUCGCUGAUGGUUCCGGCGUUGACGGCUGGGAAAGCAGUGGAGUUGUCCAUGAGGAUGGGCGGCGGCACCGCGGUGAUCUUGCUUCAGCCAUGGUGGCUCCGAGGAAGCGAAGGAGGUCUCAGCAGGGAGAGGAAGGCAUGCCUAUGGAUGUCCUACGAGCACGACACGGCGUGGGAGAAGAACCUGAAGAUGAUUUCGGUGUUCCGCGUAUCCGAGUCGGCGGACGUCAUGAGGAUGGCCGCGAGCUGCGCGGAGCUCCUGCCGUCCCAGUUCAGCGCCGCCCGUGUGGGGAUGACGGAGCUUAUCGCCGAAAUGGCCAUCCAUGGAAGAAAUUCCCCUGCUCCGUCUCCCAUGUACAUGUCUUUCGUCCGUGCAAUCCAGGAAAGCCAUCGCUACGGCUUCGAGCCGGCAAUUGGGCACGGGCACGGCAUGCUUGCCGACAGCGGAUUGCAGUUGCCUGACGGAGUCCUGAUGAUGUGUGCCCACUGCUACAUUUUGCCAAAAAAGGAGAAAGCGUACUCAGUUGGCAGAAGUGAUUUGCCGCUGGAGCUUGUUUGGCAUAGCUCCCCACACUACCUGCCCAAGAAGCUCUCCGAGGAGCAUGAGCGGGUCGAGCCGGAGCAGAUGCGCGCCGGGCUGUUGUUGCCGACGACUGUGGUAGAAGAUGGGUCCUACCAUCUGCAGGAUGAGGAGGCAGGAGGACAUCUUGAGCGUGGAAGGCAGUGGUGGUCUCCACACAGCUCGACGCGCAUGUCAUUGGUACCGGUCUCUUCUCCUCCCAAAUCUGUUGUACAGUGGUGCAAGGAAAAGGUUCUGAAUUGCCGCGGCAGUAUGUUUCUUCCGAGUGAUAGGGAACUGCACGACAAGUGAAUUUCCAGCUCCAGGCUCCGUGGAUGAAAUCCAUGAAGUGAGGUGACGCAGCUGGUGCGACCCAGUCGUGUCGACUAUAUGAAAUCGACUGUUUUAUGUUAAGGUUGUCGACCUGAUUUUACUUGUGUAAGUAAAAAUAAACAAUAGCUGACUAUGCGAAAUCUUUAACCAAUAAAAACCAACAGUUGGUUAGUAAGCGACUCGAAUUAGAGUCCUUGUAUUCACGAGCGAGACUCAAGACGAGUCUUAACAUUUUUAUGGUAAACUCCAUUAUCCUGUAUGAAAGAUAGUUUCAAGUCA